AUGGCACCUGCAUCAUGGCUCGACAUUGCUAGCGAUUCUCCGUUCUCGCUCGCCAAUAUACCAUUUGGCGUUGCCUUGUUUCCCGGGUCACAGACGCCUGUGCUGGCAGUGGCCAUUGGCGAUCUCGCACUCAACCUGGCCAUAUUUUCGUCCAAGGGAGGAUUCGGCGCUAUCGAUGAGAUCCAAGAGCAUAUUCACGUAUUCGCCCAACCUUCGUUGAAUGCUUUUGCUGCUUUGGGUCGAAAAAUGUCAGGAAACGUCCGGCGGUAUUUGCAGGAUAUCCUCAGAGCAGACACCCCCCACCCUCAAUGCCUUCGAGACAAUCGACAGCUGCGGGAAGAAUGCUUGGUGCCCCUGCAACAGAUCCAGACCAGGUUGCCAUUCCAGAUUGGGGACUUCAGCGACUUUUACGGCGGCAUGAACCACGCGGUCAACGCAGGAGCCCUCUUCCGGGGCCAAAACGGCGCUCUCCUGCCAAACUACCUCCACCUCCCUAUGGCUUAUCAUGGCCGAUCCUCGUCGAUUUUCGUGUCUGGUACCCCCGUCCGCCGCCCAUGGGGCCAGAUUGUAGAGGACAUCAACGCGGCAGAAAAGAAACCCCUGUUCGUCCCUUGCCGGACCAUGGAUUUCGAGCUGGAACUCGGCGCAUUUGUCUGUGGGGGGAACCGUCCUUUCGACACCCUCUCGGUCCAGGAAGCCGAAGACAACAUCUUCGGCUUUGUCUUGCUCAACGAUUGGUCUGCCCGCGACAUCCAAAGGUGGGAGUACGUGCCCCUGGGCCCGUUCAAUGGUAAGAACUUUGCGACCACGAUCAGCUCCUGGGUCGUCCUGGCCGAUGCCCUGGAACCAUACCGCAAACCGGGCCUGAAGCAUCCGGGACCCCUGCUCCCGUACCUACAGGAGGCGCGAGAAGAUUUUACAUACGAUCUGCGGCUAGAGGUUCAACUGGUUAGCGGCAAGACGAAGCAGACCACUACGAUUUGUUCCACCAACGCGUCAGAAGGUCUGGUCUGGUCAUUUCCGCAGAUGUUGGCCCAUCACACCGUCACAGGCUGCACGAUGAAACCAGGGGACCUGCUCGGUUCAGGAACCAUCAGUGGCUCGACACCCUCGUCGCUUGGCUGUCUCCUGGAAAAGACAUUGAAUGGGAAGGAGCCGGUACUGUUGAACGGAGGAGAGAGCAGAACGUGGCUCGAAGAUGGAGACGAGGUGAUUCUACGAGCGUCUGCAGGGAAUGAGAGCGAUGGAUACGUCGGCUUCGGUGAGGCCGCUGGCUUGCUUCUCCCUGCGCAUGCGCAUCAGCAUAAACUGUAG